UUUUGAACAAUGGUCAAAGAAUUUGGUCGCUGUUCCAAUUCGGCUCUUACCAAGAUUAUCAAAGGGCUUUCAAUUCCACCUCCUAUUUGCACAAGUCCAUUUUCGUUGAAUUUUUGGUGCGAGAAAGGGAGCGAUCUCUUCGAGUGCAUCGAACCUCAAAGUCUCGGAUCUUCAAUCUACCAUGGCGGAUUUCAAAUCGAACUCAUAUACGGAUGGGAGAAUGCAGAUUGAGAGCUACAAUGGAAACGAAGCAAGAGGAGCUACUGUUUCCGGCGGAGAUUUUCGUUGUUACAGUGCUUCGUAUGCUUCGUCUGUAAACCCUAAUCAAACGCAGACGGCUAACGAUUUGAAGCUCAAGAAAGGGAAAUCGACGAACGGAUUUUCGUCGAAGAGUUGGAGUUUCAACGAUCCGGAGAUUCAGAGAAAGAAAAGAGUUGCUAGCUACAAGGUUUAUUCUGUGGAAGGCAAAGUCAAAGGAUCUCUAAGAAAGAGCUUCAGAUGGUUCAAGGAACGAUGCUCUCGUGUUGUGUUUGGAUGGUAGCAAGCGGCUUAAAUUGGUACCAGAAUUUUCCUCCACACUCUUUGUUGCUUAAUUAUUAGCUUACAGUUCUGAAAUCCAUUAAUUGUUUCGUUAUAUUAUGAUUUAUGAAUCUCUCUGAAUGUGUAAUUACUGCUGGAAGUACAGAAUUCUUUGUUCUUUAUGAUCUGAUAUCACUUGUUUGAGUGUUCCUGCUGAAAUCCAUUUUAGUUCUUAGAAACCAAACCAAACCACUGCUGCUUGUGUGCUUACAGUAUGACCUGUAUUCUCCAUUGUUUCAAUUUGAGGAUGUCUGGUUUUCCAGCUUAAGAAUUGGGAUCUUGAAUCUACCAUGAUGGGUCUGAUGAGAAUUGUCUUGAGUUCAACUGUUUUGUUCCAUGAAACAGCUUAUUGUAAGAACUUGUGUCUAAUUUGUUCUAGUUGUAAUGAAAUGAGUGGGGAAAGAGUGGCUCAUCCCUGCUGAGACUUUCAAGCA